UGACAGAAAAUUGGCUAUGGCUGCAGUUACAGAGCAGGAAACCCAGCUGUGUGGCAACUGCAAAAAGGAUAUUCCUGUUGCCAAUUUCACCAUCCAUGAAAUCUACUGUAGCAGAAACAUUGGAGUAUGUCGCUACUGCAGUGAAUCAAUCCCAAAGACUGAAAUGAAGAACCAUAUUGAAUCUGAACAUGUGCAGGUUACCUGUAAGUGUAGUAUGAAGAUAGAAAAAAGCCUCUUGGAGGAUCAUAAGGCAUCAGCGUGCCCUUUGCGUCCUGCGGUCUGUCAACAUUGUGACAUACAGCUUACAUUCAAUAAGCUUGACGAUCAUGAAAGUUACUGUGGAGCUAGAACUGAGAGGUGCAGUGGGUGCGGUCUUAACGUAAUGGUAAAAGAUCUAAAAGAGCACCCUCGAGUCUGUGGGAAAGAGGCGAAACAAGUAAGAGUAAGCAGAACAGUGCCUCGCGAUGAGGAUGCAAAUUUGCGUUCCCUUCGAGACAUUAAAAACCAACUAAGAUCAGAUAGCUAUGCUGGGCCUUUGUGGAGAAUGCCCAGGGUGCUAGAAAAUCAGCUUUACAGCGGUUGCGUAGGAGACAAAACACUUAAGGACAUUAGUAGAAGAAAUGUUUCAGCUGUACAAAGAAAUCGGAAUCAAGAGGAGGAACUGGAGCAGCUGGAGGCAAAUAAAAACACUAAUUCUUCACUUUAUGAAGAGGAGGAUGCCAGUUUAGACUACAUGUUGGCCCUUAGCCUGCAAAAUGAGAAUAGUCCUCACAACAAUAGUGCAGCUGAAAUUCACGGUGACUUCUGGAAAAACUACUACACCAAAGAGUCUGUGCCAUCUGCCUUUCUUAAUGGAACAGACAAGUCAAACAUCUUCUCUGACUCUCUAGAGUCUUUUAGCACUUCAAACCACAUAAAAAGCAAUGAGAUCAUGUUGCCCUGUGAAUUUUGUGAGGAGCUCUACCCUGCUGAAGAUCUGAUUCUGCAUCAGACAGGUUGUAACCCAGCAAGUGCCUUUGCUUCAUUCAGUAAAAGAAGUUAUUCUCCAAAUCCACGAAAAUGUGAUGGUUUGCAUGAUUUUGGAUCCAUAAGCAGUAGAUCUCUUUAUUCGUUCCGGCACCAAGCUGUCCAGGCAGAAGGAAACGUUAUCAUUCCAUGUGAAUUUUGUGGCAUCCAAUUAGAAGAGGAGGUACUCUUUCAUCAUCAGGAUCAAUGUGAUUUGCGCCCAGCCACAGCCAACCCGGCAGAAAGCUUGCCGUUACAGCAGCCACUGUCUCCUCAAGACAACAUAGAGAGAAGGGAGUCGCCGGAGCUGGCUAGGAGACGAAUCAGGCAUCAAGGAGAUGUUUCUCCUCGGCGUAUAGAAGGCUUCAGGCAGCAGAGGCUCAGAGACUUUCCUGCACGAGGAACCAGACCACCAAAUAACAUGGUGAAUGCCAGGAGUGCACCAUUGACCUCUUCUGGUACAGCAAGAGCUAGUGAUGCUCUGAAUUUGAGAGGGAAGCCUAGGAAGGUAGCUGGCAAUGAGGGAAGACCAAAGAGCAGAGGUGCAGUUGAACCUACAAGUGGGACAGCGCCACGUACGCGACCAACUCGAAACUUUCAUUCAGAAGCCUUCUCGUCCAACUUCUCAAGAACUUCUCCAACGCGACCAAGCAUGGGAAAUGAAGGAGGAAGGGUAUCGGAUGUUCCAGUCAGCUUCAGGAACAGGAACAUAAAGGCAAAACCCCAGAGCCCGGAAUCUGGUUAUCCAGAGGACAAGUGAUCUACCACUUAUGAAAUAUGUAUUUAGCACUCGACGCACUCUUACUAUGCAUUACAGUACUUACUUAUUUAUCUGAGCGCAAGUAAUCGCUAUAUUGUCAUGUCAUUGAAGACUUUCUAUCAAGUUAAAUUUUUAUAGGGCAGUGAUCAUUUUAUAUGUAUUUUUAAUUUGUGAGAGUAUCUAUCUUACAGGUUUUUACUUCUGUGAUCUAUACUAGUGACAUCCUGGGUCAGCAAGUAUACUGCUACCUAGGGAACCACAUGUUCUAUGUUUUUUCAUGUUGGCUUUUUGUGACAGCCAGUGAAAGAAUUUCUUUGACAUUCUAAUCUUUAAGUGUGCUAGUUAUCCUGAAGAUGGCAGCAAUGAUGUAUGAUGGAAAAAAGAAAGCAAGCUAUCAGCCAAGACAAUGCUGGGAAAGAGCUGGUCCUAGCAAGUUAUUUGACAAGUACUCAACUACAUGAUAGAGUCCUUUAGGCAGAAAGACUCCCUGGCUGGCACACUGGAGAGCACUCGACUCUGCAAGAGCAGUUAUCUCCCUAAAUUAAAAGGCUGGGUGGUUUGGCUCAAAACGUUCUCAACAGUAGAAAGUAGCUGAAGAGAAUAAUAACGUGGUGUUGCUCGCCACCUUGCAGCUGAACCUCUUCUUAAAGCUUCCUGGCCUAUCUUGCAGGACUCUACAUUGGCUAAGCAAAGCCAUAGAUACCUUUUGGGGAUGAGGGGGGCUGUACCUCUAGCUGCAUGUCUUUCUUUGUUACCAGAAGUGCCCAUGGCAUGGACAGCUGGGAUCAUGAUUCUCAGUGGAUGAGCUCUAAACCCAUAGUUCUGUUCUGUGAAAUGCUUUUUAAUGCUGUAUUAGUUCAUGCUUUUUAAAUUCCUUGUAAUAAAAUUUAUGUAAUUAUGUCCCAAAACAUUGUGAAGCAGAAAUCUGUUAUGUAACGUGACAGAGUAGAAUGGAUUGAAAGCUUUCUUUUAGGGCAAGCUUAUUACCAGGGGCCAAAUGCUAGGUCAUGCAGAAUCACUGCAACCUGGUCUUUAAUAACAAUGGAACAUGAAUUAAUGAUUACCUGCAUUAGGACUUCAUUGAACUCUGCUUUACUAAAGCUGUUUGUUAGCAUCUCCUGUGCUCUAGCAGGAAGUUAGGGAAGCGGUGGUGUACAGGCUACAGGAGGCAGGUCUUAGGCUGAUGCCCAUAGGUGUCAGCUAAGACCAUUAACCACCUGGAGCAGCUGGUGACCAGGGAUCACUACCCAGUAGCAGGUCUUGGGCAAGGCUUUUAUUAGAGGCCUUGUUGCAUGCUGAAUGCCAAGUCAGUGCUGCCAGCAGUGUCACACAAGCCACAAGAGUGGAACCAUGCUAGUGA